AUGGGAUCUCCGGUGCUUGUGGCUGUGUUAGCGGUAUCCUGGGUUUGCGGGCUAGCCGGUGCAGUUUCUGUUUCUCGGCACGUCCAACUCGGGAGUCACGAGUAUUUCCUGCCCCCUCAACCUGCUUGGUCGUUUUCAGGAUGGGAGCAUGGACUUGUGGGCUCGGAGGAGGAGCUGAUUCCUCUGACUGUUGUUCAUCUUAAUUCGACCAGUGAAGGCACGGAGUCUAUCAAAGCGACGUUGGACAAGUUCCGGUGGGCGGAUGAUGUUUGGACGCCGGCUUUCACAAAUGCUCUUUAUGUCCAAUACCCUUCGAAUGCAACCUCCGGAAAGAACCUUACAGUUUCGCUAGGGCCAAAUGGCCCCGUCGACAACGUCUUUACGAGUACGGGAAAGACCGCUGCCAAUGGAACUGUUCCUCAGGGACCAUACUUUGUCCACAAGUACACCGGCAAGGUGUAUCAGGCGUACAGGCUGUACCCGGAUACAAGCCAAGCAUUUCUUCAGUCCUCCUACCAAGACCCCAACGGAGUCCACCACAACCUCCGUGUCGCAACAGAUUCGGCUGGUGGCUUGACCGUUGCCGUUCCGUCUCGCUUAUACUUCACCGCCUCCAGGUCCAAGCCCCUGGCAGGUGUCCGCAUUGCAGUCAAGGACCUCUACGACCUCAAGGGCAUGAAGACAAGCGGCGGCAACCGUGCCUUGUUUAAGAUCAGCAAACCGAAGAACGCCACUGCUGUUGCUGUCCAGAAACUUAUCGACGCGGGAGCCGUGGUCAUCGGAAAGAACAAAUUGUCCGAGUUCGCUUAUGGAGGACCCUACAUUACCGAUCACGUUGACUACCUCCUUCCUUUCAACCCUCGUGGAGAUGGAUAUAACUCCCCUGGUGACAGCUCCGGCGGUUCCGGCGCUGCUGUGGCAAGCUAUGGAUGGCUCGAUGCGAGCAUGGGUAGUGACACGGGUGGUUCCAUCCGCGGUCCGGCGACGCAAAACGGAGUUCAUGGAAACCGCCCCUCUCACGGUGCAGUAAACCUGACCGGUGCCUUGGUGUUGGCCAAUUCAAUGGACACGAGUGGUAUCUUGGCCCGGGACCCCAGCGUGUGGUCCAAAAUCAACAAGGUGUUGUAUUCGGGCUUUGCCAAGGAAUUCACAAAGUUCCCGAAGAAAAUCUACGUCAAUGCCGGUGAUGUUCAGAGUGCGCUGUCACCAGAAGAACUCAUUGGUCCUGGGUCUGGAAAGUUGGUUGAAAGAUUGAACAACUUCACCGAGGCCCUCGCUUCAUUGGUAAACGGCAACACCACAAGUCUAUCGGUUGACGACCUUUGGCUUUCCGCCAAUGACACAGGAGAUACGACCUUGAGCAAUCUGACUUCCGAUCUUUACGGCAACCUGACGAGAUACGAGCAAUGGAACACGUUCGGCAAGGACUAUCUCUCCACGUAUAUGAAGAGUCACGACGGGAAAUAUCCUUACAUGGUGCCUAGUACGCUCCAGGGCUGGCAGACGGCUAAUGAGUCCAUGUCCCCUUCUAUCCACAGGGAGGAUCUCAGAAAAAAGCAACACUUUACCAAAUGGAUUUCUAAGAAUGUGUUCAAGCCGGAUGAGGAAACCUGCUCUGAUUCCAUCUUCUUGUACUUUUCUUACCCACAGGGUUCUCAAUCAUACAAGCCAGACGUUUCAAAAGACACAAACAACCCUUACAUUUUCCAACUAACCGACCAACUAUCCUCCGCCCAACAACAAGUAACCGCCCUAAACACAACCCUCAACUGCAACUGCACCGAAUUCGCCGACCAAGAAGCCUGCACUGACCUCAAUUCUUCUGAAAAAGAGCAGCAGAGUUCCGCUGCGCCCAACCGUCUAGCCUCGCUAGGUGAUCUCCCCGACUACGCGGUUACGUUGGGUGAGAUCGCUCUUCCAGACCUUGUUUCCGAUGCGAGCAUGAAGGUUGAGGCUUUGCCGUAUGGGGUUGAUAUUGUCGCUGGGUAUGGGUGUGAUUUUAUGGUGCAGAAUUUGAUUACGAAGUUAUAUGAGGCUGGACUCAUUCAAAAUGUUAAAACGGGGGUAUCGGUUUAUGGGGGUUAA